AUGAAGCAGCUGCCUAGGCAGGAGCUGCGGCCGCCCGAAGAGAAGCGAAGCCCGAGCGGGGACCUCCGCGGAGCUGGGAACCCGCCCACUGCACAGGAGGAACGCAUCCGGGGCUCCAUGAAGAGGACGGCUUUCAUCCUGGGCUCUGGCCUUCUCUUGCUUGUGGCCUUCUGGAACUACGUCUCAUGGCAACUUCAGAGAUUUGGGGAUGCUUCUGGCCACUUUCCGCAAGCCCAGUGGGAGAGGCUCCUGUCUACAUUCGAAGGGAAGGAGUGGACCCUCUACCUUAUAGCUGCCCUCCUAGUACCUUCUCUGGUAUACUGGAGCUUCAACGGGCUUCUGCUGCUGGCUGACACAGCCAGAACACCUAGCCUCAUCUCCCGCUACCGAAUUCAAGCUGGCCAGAACGAACCAGUGGAUUCUGUGAAACUACGCCAGUCUAUGGGCACAAUUCUCUUCAACCAGUUCAUAAUCUCUGUCCCCAUGGUGGUCCUUCUCUAUCCCAUCAUCAAGGCGAGGGGACACCCCUGCCGCCGAGAGCUACCCACCUUCCACUGGUUCCUUCUGGAGCUGGCUAUCUUCACUCUGAUUGAUGAAGUCCUGUUCUACUACUCACACCGGCUCUUUCACCACCCAGCCUUGUACAAGAAAUUCCACAAGAAACACCAUGAGUGGACAGCUCCCAUUGGCCUGAUCUCGUUCUACGUCCACCCUAUUGAGCAUGUGGCCUCCAAUGUGCUGCCGGCACUGUUGGGUCCCCUUCUAAUGGGCUCCCACUUACUCUCCAUCUCCGUGUGGUUUUCCAUUGCCCUCACCUUCGCCACCAUUUCCCACUGUGGCUACCACCUACCUUUCCUGCCUUCACCUGAAUUCCAUGACUACCACCAUGUCAAGUCCAACGAAUGCUAUGGGGUGCUGGGGGUGAUGGACCACCUCCAUGGGACUGACACCAUGUUCAAGCAGACCAAGGCCUAUGAGAGACACAGCAUCCUGCUGGGCUUCACGCCACUGUCGGAGAGCAUCCCGGAUCCCCCAAAGAAGAAGGAUUGAGAGAGGGCCCAGUGCCAUCCUAGCUGUCCCCUUCAGUGGCCUGCUAAGUUGGCCCAAGGCGUUCUGGUUGUACCUUACUUGUUCCUUCAGCAAUGCAGUUUUUUUCUUUUCUUUUCUCUUCUCUCUUUCUAAAGGUUUAUUUUUGAGAGAGAGAGCAUGAGCAAGGGAG